UAUAUACAGUACCUGCAGUAUCAGAUAACGAGAGAAUACUUUUUUGAAAAAUAUGUUGAUUUCCAACUUCAAAUCUUUUUUUGAACACAAGCAGACAACAAUUCUAACUACGUUGAUUACUCUCGCAACAGUCUUUGGGCAGCAGGCCGUUUCUUUCUUUGCUUUCAAGUGUCCAUGCAAGCCAAGGAUAAAUCUAUACUACGGCCUGUCUUUUUCAAUAGUUCCUGCCCUAGUGUUGCUGAUUAUUGGAUUUGCCAUUAGUAAUCUGACCUGGAUACUAAUAAUUAAUUUAAGAAUUGGCUCAAAUUUGAUGCGUAAAAAAUUCAAAUUGAUCGGCUAUGUCCUUGUCAACAUAAUGUUAACAUCUUUAGUUGCUCCAAUAACUUGGGUAGCAGUAGUUCUGAUAAAAGGCUUGUAUUACAAUUGCGCCUUCAGUGAGUUUUUAUCAGUUGACGGUUGGAAGGUUUUUGAGAAUAUGUAUGAAAAGAGGGACAUUCUCGCUCGCUUUCCCUGUCCAAAUGUGAAGAUUACAGAAAUAAAAAACAUCAGUGAAAUAAGGAAUGAAGGCAAUCGUAUUCUUCUGUUCCAGUCACAAGUUGCUGGUUGGAUUUUGAUAGCGUAUGUCACCAUCGUUGGUUUUCUGAUUGUCUGUAUUCCAAGAUACUGCUCUCCACACAGCUUACUGCACCUCAACUACUGGGUUCAGUACUUAGAAAAUGAAGGUGCACUCUUUCAUGAGACAUCGAAAAAACAUUCUCAACUGUAUGCUUUGAAGCACAUCAAGAAGUUCUUUGGCUUUACGCCAGGAAACGUCAAGAAAAUAUACUUGCCUGCCAGAAAGGAUUGGAGAAUAAUCUCAGGCAUAGAUAUGUUUACUAAAUUGGACCAAGAGUCCUGUCAAUAUAGCCUCAUGCAUAAGUGGGCUGAUGAAACAACUCCAAGAGGUCAAUACAUUUCAGUUAAUGAUGUGGUAGUUGAUGCAUAA